CUGGCCAGGAGGGUGAAAUGCAGUUAAAGCGUAAUCUAGUGCGUCGUAUCGGGGAGUGUAUGAAAGUGUAUAAAAUAGAGCCACCAGCUUCUGAGUAUGUAGAGAAAAUCAACGACGUGCUUAACGACGCAGAUAGAAGUAGGGCAGGUCAGACGGAACAGUUUCCGAACAGCAGCACUCCUAAGGCAACCGGGACCGUACCGAAGGUAGCGGAGAUGACACCGAAGGAUCAGGUUCCAAACGACACAACGGGCGGACUAGGAAAGGAUGUGCAUGCACGGAUGAACCACAUGGAAAGGAUGCUUGAAAGUGUGACAAAGAUGUUGACGGAGCGUGAGCCACCGAUAGCGCAAACCGGUGGCACAGCGGAGCACCAACGCAUCGUAGCUGCUCGGGAUUCGAUUGGAGCACCGAACCGAACGACUCCGAAUAUCUCAACCGAAGAAGACGAACUUUUCGGCUUGCUGAAAAACGUCAGUAGGUUACUGAAAGAGCGACAGGGUACGCAGCAGGUAGUUGGACAAGAACCGGAAAGAGAAAUGGUUCGGCCACGUUUAUCCGGAUUAUUCGGCCCAGCUGAACCGGUGGAAACGGAAAGAGCGGCCGAAUGCGGAAGAGGACAGACCUCCCGUCAUUAUGAGGUAGCCCAGGAGCAGCAGAGGGCGAUGAGGAACACGAGAGAACGAGACGACUCAGACGAUUCAGACGGCGGUAGUUUUGCUUCCCGAAGAAGGGAAGGGUUCCAGAGACGUGGACAGGAUCACGACGACAGACGAGCUCGUUGUCGAGAUUAUGGGAUGCGAGACCACCUCAACAGAGUGGAGAAGUGGAAGCUCAGAUUCAGCGGAGACUCCAGAUCAGUGACGGUAGAGAACUUCCUGUACAAGCUGAACAAAAUCGCAGAGCUUGAGGGAGUUCCGGAACGACAGCUUCUGAGGGACAUCCAUCUGCUGCUGGAAGGACCGGCAUCCGACUGGUUUUUCACCUUUGUGGACGAGUUCGAGGAUUGGCCGACGUUCGAAAGGCUCAUCAAGUUCCGCUUCGGAAACCCUAACCAGGACCAGGGAAUUCGCCAGAGGAUCCAGGAAAGGAAGCAGCAGCGAGGAGAAUCGUUCAUCGCAUUCGUCACCGAGAUCGAGAAGCUCAACCGAAUGCUGUCGAAGCCACUGUCGAGGACGAGAAAGUUUGAGUUCAAGCUAUGUGCCUCUUUACGAGCAACUACCGAUUACGAUGAGUACGAAUCGAGAAGAAAACACCUGCGGGGUAAAAUUACUUCGAUUUUGUCGAACCAUGAAGAGGAAAUCGGAAAGGUUGUAAAACUGGACCGAAAGUACUUGGAUUGAGAUCCAAAUUUCACUAAAAUGUUCAAAAGCUAUGAAAAAAUCUCAAUGAGUGACAACGAGAAACUAGUUUCCCCUAAAAACACCACUACGGGUUGAAAAAUCGUCAAUUCUGUCGAAUUUGACGCGAAACGAAACGUUUCAUUGUAAAUAUUCCAUGUAAAUAGUAGUUAAGUUAGUUUGUUAGUGAGUGAAAUCCUAUAUUAAAUAUUGUAA